AUGGCGAAUGAGAGGGUUUUCUGCUCCGGAAAUAUGGUCAAUCUAGAAUGGUUUGUCACUAGUGCUGCUUGUAACUUGAGUACAAAUUAUUUGGCUCUCUACGGAAAUGUCAGCUGGCAACGAGGAAUUCAAGUCGGAAUCAGAGAGAAAUUCAACAUGCCCCAGUACAACGCUGAAACCCAAGAAUACGAUGUCGCUGCUGUCAAGGUCUCUUCUCCAUUCACCCCGUCCGAGUUCGCCAAGCCGAUUCGCCUUGCCAAAGUCGGCAGUUACAAGGACAAUGCUUUAGCCCAACUCGGCGGCUGGUCGGAAGUCACAAAUCUUCAACUGACACAGUACAAGACCGGCUGUUCAUUCGCUCCUGGCAUGACUUCUACUCACUUUUGCGCGACUCCAUCGGAUCAAGAGUGGUGCGCCCAAUUCAAUGAGUGGGAAAUGGUCUCGAAUGAAGAACUUGCUGGCGUUGUUGAAGGAUCUGAGGAGUUUGAUAAUGGGAAUUUGGCAAAAGAUGCUUGCAUUCAGGAGCCGUUCUGUACUGGCGUCGCUUUCAAAGAUGGCAGCUACACUCUUCGAAAAGGCCAGUUCCGAGUUCCUUCCCAAGGCGUCAAUGUCUUUUUGAAGCCAGCUCGAUAUUGCCGAGAACCGGGAGAUAUCGAGCUCUGUACUCCACUUGACAAGUGGAUCUACGGAGAGGGCAUGUAUUUGGGAGGAUAUCCGCCGAGUACUGGAUUGGUUGAAAAAGAUACUCUCGAAGAAGCUCAGAUCACGUGCUUGAUGACGAACGAUUGCGGUGGAGUCACGAGUGUCAACAACAACUCAAAGUUCCAGCUUCGUCGAAGCACUGAGUUCCGACCUGGAAACAACGAGAACUCCUGGCUCAAGCCCUUCGACCCCUGUCCGUUCCGAAAGAAUGCUGUUCGAAUUGGAGCCUGUGAUGAAGACGCUGGUGGAGCUUUAGUCACAAUCGAUGAGAACGACGAGGCGAAAAUAACCGGAAUCAUGAGUUUCGCUGAUCCUUCUUGUGAUGCUUCUCUUCCAGUUGUUUUCACUGACAUCACCCAAGAAGACAUCAACGACUGGCUUCACGAAACCGCCUGGAUCCCAUAUUAA